AUGAUGGCUGAAACAGAUAUAGACAUGUCUGGCGCAAAGCGCGUCGGUUCAAGCAUGGAGAGUCUGCGUCGCAAGAAAUUCAAAUUAUCAGAGCUGCCAGUUUCUACGACCCAGCGAGCUACAAUUGACAAUCUUUUAUAUUUUUUCAAGAAGAAAGGUGGCUUCGAUGCGGUCCGGAAAGAAGUCUGGGCCAAAUUUAAUGACAGUGAGGCCAAAGACUCGUUUACUGCGUCGCUAACUGAAAUGGCCGAGUCUGAAAUUGAGCGUGACCCAUCUUUGUUAUCUCGCGAAAGAGGAAAGGCAGCAACACUUAUAUCUGGAGCAGUCGAUCGUAGUGACCUCCACUCCGGAAUAGAAGAAGCAGUUGACGGUAUAAUAUCCAACCACCUUGACGAAAUAUUGGCCUCCGUUCGCAAAAUUCGUGUUCAAGAUAUCGGCGAGGAGGCGGCCAAUGUCGAAAUAGCUAGGGGCCUUACAACGGACGCGGAGUACGAGGACCGUGUCCAGGCUAAAAGGGAAGAGCGCGAGGAGAUUAGGCAGAAAGAACUGGAGGUGCAAAGAAAGGCGCAAGAGGAGAGAAAGAGGGCAGAAGCUGAAGAGAAACAGAGGCAGCGCGAGUUACGGAAGCAAAGGGAAGAAGAAGACAGGAAAAAACGAGAAGAGCGGGAGGAAAAACGACGGGCAGAAAGAGAAAAGCAGCGUGAGGAAGAUAGGCUGCGAGAGGAACGACGAGAACGAGAGCGUGACGAACGCUAUGAACGGAGGAGGCAAGAAGAAAAAGAACGAUACCGAGAACGGGAUCGGGACCGGGACCGGGACCGUGACUACGACAGAGACAAGGGACGACGUUCUGACCUUGACCGCGGAAAGGAUGGUAGCGGGACACCUCGAGAUACAUCUAAAGUACAAAAGCCUUCAGCUCCUCCUGUGGAUGAGAAGGCAUUGGAAAAUGCGGCUCUUGAAUUGCUCCUGAAGGAAGGCAAGGAGCUUGCUGCGAAAUCGCGACAAAAGCCGGAGUUCGAUUUUGAGCAGGCAGAGGCUCUAGAAAACGGCCAGGCUACACAACCUACUACCACGACCCGAACCGCCGGAGCCAUAGCCGCCGCAGCCAUAGUCGACGCCGUGAACGCAGCAGAUCUAGAAGCAGAACUAGGACAAGGAGGUCUUCAAGGCACGACGAUAGAUAUCGCGAUGCAGAUACCGAUAGGAGAGAGUCAGAACGACGUCCCCGCGACUUUGAUUUAUACCGACCUGGAGACCGUGAUAGGCGUGACCGAGAUGACCGUUCUAUACGUGCAAGAUCUAGGCGCCAUAGCCGUAGUCGGAGUCGAAGCAAAGGUCUAG